UAUAUACAGCGCAUGCGCAUAACCCACGGGCUGCUGGCAACUGUGAGUAGAAGGAGGCUACAGGUGAAAGUUUUCAGUCGGAGUUGUCAGUCAGUCACUAGUCAUGGCUUCCAUCGCGAGGAGGAUUAUCUGCAGCGCCAGGGCUCCGGCAGCUAUAGGACCGUACAGUCAGGCUGUGGUGGUGGAUAAAACCAUGUACGUGUCUGGUCAGCUUGGCAUGGACCCAGCAAGUGGACAGCUUGUGCCUGGGGGAGUAAAGUCUGAGGCAAAGCAGGCACUGGUAAAUAUGGGAGAGAUCCUUAAAGCAGCAGGAUGUGAUUACAGUAAUGUUGUAAAAACAACCGUACUAUUGGCUGACAUCAAUGAUUUUAAUGAUGUCAAUGAAGUUUACAAGCAGUUUUUUCAGAUUAAUCACCCAGCAAGAGCUGCCUUCCAGGUUGCUGCUUUGCCAAAGGGAGGGAGAGUGGAAAUCGAAGCUGUGGCCAUCCUUGGACCGAUAACUGAAGUUUCCUCGGCACUUUGAGGAUGAACGGUGCACAAAAUCCUACCAGCAUUCAACAGAGCACUAUAGGAGUGAUGGGUUAUAAUGAAGCAAAAAUUAAGAGCUGUUGCUCAUAGCAACCAAUCAUGUAUAAUCUUUAGAAUAAAUCCAUAUUGCCAAUAUAAAUGAUGACAGAAGGCCAUUGUUGAACAUAAGGUGCCAAAUCUUACUUUUCAUUUGUCUGUACAGUGCUGCCACUGCUACCUUAAUGAUGAGUUGUUUUUUUUUACAAUUAAGACCGUCUCUAAGCCAUUCAAUACUGGCCUUAUUAAAUAUUAAUAUUGGCAUUACAGUGGAGGUAAAGGCCUGUACCUGGGGACUAGAUUUGGGGAUCAGCAGACAAGACACAAGCCUCAUUCCACAAUAGUGUCUCUGGGACCGUCCUACUGAGGUCUGUGUACUUGUUCAGCCUACAGAUUGUUCCAGAGCUGCUUUAUCCUAGUGACAGCUUCACUGUAUACAUUCCUAACGUGUAUCUCUAGAAUGUUUAAAGGACACUUUGUAUAGUACGUAGAAAAAAAAAAGAUUUUUAGGAAUAAACAUUAAUAAAUCCUC